AUGGCGCUGAUCUCCUUUGAUGAGGGACCAUCUAAAUAUACCGAAGAUAUCUUAAAAGUGUUGGAGCUAAAGGGUGUUAGGGCUAUGUUCUUCCUAAAUCCCAGAAAUAUUACCAAGGAGAUAGUUGAUAAGAUCUUAGAGGGUGAUCAUUCUAUAGGAUUGAGUGUGGUGGAGGAUUAUUCUGAGAUGGACAUUGAUGAGAUAAAGAGAAGUAUAAAUGGAAAUAUCUCAAGUUUUAUCGAGAAGAUUGGAUAUAAACCAAAGAGUGUCAGACUACCAAGAAUGGGAUACAAUAAUGAAACUGUAAAGAUUGCUGAAGAGUGUGGAUUAAUAGUCAGCAGACCCAUUGUUGAUUCCGAGGAUGUGGAUCUCCAUGAUUUUACACCUUACUUGAUAGACCAUAUAAAAGGCACUGAUCCAGGAAGUGAGUCUAUUUCCAUUGUAUUUAGAGACAGGGUUAGUAAAACACUCAGAAGUAUUGGAGUGAUAAUUGAUCUUUUAUCUGAUAAGGGAUAUUCCAUUGUAAGUUUUCGUGAGUAUUCCGGAAUGUGUGAUAAACUAGAGAGGAUGGAAGAGAACAGUGAAAUGAAAGAAAACGAAGUAGCAGAUGUGGAAAAUAAGGUAAAUGGUACAAAUGAAGUAGGUGAGGAAAGUGAUGUAGGAGAAGAGGGAUCGAGUGGAGAGGGUAAAAUGGAAGAAGAUGAAGAAGUAAGAACAAUGGACAACUCUACAAAGAAUUGGAGUGAAAGAUUCAAAACCUUCUAUACUCUUCCAUUGGUAGCUCUUUUAAUUAUUACUUGA